AUGGCUUCUUCAGAGCUGGGAACCAAGAAUAGCCCCAAUUGGGUGGUGUGGCCGCACGCGAUGGAUGUCGAGGGCUUCUUCGUUGCCUGCUUCCGCAAGAAGGCCCUUGCAGCUCCGACAGAAAGCCUGGAGAGUGAAGAAUGGCCGCAAUUUCAGAGGCUGCCGGUCGCGGAGGCAGCAGCGCUGCAGUCUCAGGCCACGCAGGAGCUCGGGUCUUUUCCAUCUCCCGCGCUGCUCCUGCGUGAGCGCCAGGGCGGAGUUUGGCUUAGCGCCUUCCCUCGCUGGCCGCCGCCAGCGGCCUUUGCCCGACUGAGCGGCAUGGUGGAGCCGGGCAUCAAAGUCAUGGAUGCCAGUGGUGCGCUGACAGAUGACAUCCGGCUGGUGGUGGGUGGUAGCCAUCUCACAUCCGAGGAGUGGUUAAAGCUUCACGGCAAUGCUGGAGGGGGCCUGGGGUCUCGGAGCCUGGCGCUCCGGAGCUCUGGGGCCGCGGGGGCUCGGAGGGCCCUGGAGGAGAUGCAAGCAAGUCGCAUGAAAGCAGACCUGGUGAGUUACAACACGGUCCUGGACGCGUUUGCCAAAGAAGCCAACGCAACAGGUGCCCAAGAGGUCAUGGAUGAGAUGGUGCAGACUAGCGUGAGGCCUGGUGUCAUCAGCUACACCAUCCUCAUCGAGGCCCACGCGCGCGCAGGAAACAGGGAUGCUGCUGAAGAGGCCUUUGCGGCGCUGCGCGCGCAGGGACUCCAACCCAACGAGGUGACCUACACGGCGUUGCUGCGCGCCCGCCUGGCGGCCAAAGACAUGGCGGGCGCCCGUGAGCUUGCGGCAACGGGGCGGCUUAACGAGGUGGGCUUCACACUUCUCAUCAACGCGCACGCCAUGUCCGGAGAUGUCCGGGGCGCGGAGGAGGCCUUUGAGCUGCUCAGCAAGCAGUGGAAGCCGAACCUGGCUUCCUACACGGCCCUGAUGAAAGCCUAUGCAAAGGCGAGGGACGCGCAGCGCGCCGACGAAGUGCUGGCGCAGAUUCAAAGUCUAAGUCUGCAGCCAAACGCGGCGACCUACGCCACCCUCAUUUCGGCACACGCCAAGGCACAGCAGCUUCCGCGAGCACUGGAGCUCUUCCAGCUACAGGGGGAGCAGCUCAGCGGGGAUGAGGAAGCGAUCUUGCAACAGGAUAGGUCUGGUGCACCGGAGAACGCAUGUGGGUUUGCAGCAAAAAUCCCGGUCGACUUCUGUUCUGCGAUAUGA